AUGGCCAUAGAUCAACAUCAAAGUCAAGGUUCAGGUGAACUUACUCAGAAGAAACGUAAAGUAGACGAUAUUACUAAUGAUAAUGAUAAUACUAACACAAAAAUUGCACGGAGGGGUAUAGAUAGAUCGAUAUCACCACCUCCAUUACGAAGACGUAGGACAGGAAGUCCCAAGCCGGUGAUGCUUGAGGACAAAGAAAAUCCUAACCAGAAAGAAGUCGAUCAAAAGCCAGUUGAAUUCUCUGAGAAAAUUUCAAUGGAUGGCAAAUACUCAGUGCUAGAACAUACAAAGCGAGAGGUGGUGAAGUCGCCAUUCCAGCUUACAAUAAUUCGAGAUCUACCGGCUUCAUCCAAUGUGGACGCUGUAUCGCUAAAAGAUAUUCUUGGUGAUCCCUUGAUAUCAGAAUGUUGGGAGUUCAAUUAUUUACAUAACCUUGACUUUCUCAUGGAACAAUUUGAUGAGAAUGUACGGAAUCUCGUCAGAGUUAACGUGAUUCAUGGGUUUUGGAAAAGGGAGGAUCAAUCCAGACUCAAUCUUGUGGAACAAGCUUUGAAAUAUCCUAAUAUCAAGCUUCUCACAGCUUACAUGCCUGAGAUGUUCGGGACCCAUCAUUCUAAGAUGCUCAUUCUUUUCCGACACGACUUCACUGCUCAAAUCAUAAUUCAUACAGCCAAUAUGAUACCAUUUGACUGGAAAAACAUGACCCAAGCUCUAUGGAAAUCACCCCAUCUUCCUCUUCUCGUCCCGGAGAAGCCAACCCCAAUUGAACCCUUCAAAAUAGGCUCAGGUACAGAAUUCAAGUUAGAUAUUCUCAACUACCUACGAGCUUAUGAUACCAAAAGAAUCAUUUGCAAACCAUUAGUCGAACAACUGCUCAAAUACGAUUUCUCUGAAAUAAAAGCAGCCUUAAUAGGCAGUGUUCCAGGAAAACAAAGAAUCGAGCUCUCUCCAUCACAAACUGCAUGGGGCUGGGCCGGUCUCACCAACGUUCUUAAAACCGUCCCAUGCUACCACGAUACUCAACCAGAAAUAGUGAUUCAAAUUUCCUCCAUAGCAUCUCUAGGCCCAACAGAUAAGUGGUUAACACACUUUCUCAAAGCCCUCAACACAUCCAAAUCUCCGAGGAAACCCCAUCCAAAAUUCAAAAUAAUUUUCCCGACCGCAGAUGAGGUCAGAAGGAGCAUAAAUGGUUACGCAUCUGGCAAUGCUAUUCAUACCAAGAUCCUCACACCAGCUCAAGGAAAACAACUAGCAUAUCUGAAACCAAUGCUUUGUCACUGGGCUGGCGAUGGCGCUCAACAUUCUUCUUCGUCGUCAUUACCAUCCAACUCUCCUUCUCAAUCUUCUACUCCCUCAGAACCAAAAGUUCAAGAAGCAUACCGCAAACGUGCAUCCCCUCACAUAAAAACCUACAUUCGUUUCAAUUCAGAUACAAGUUCAAAUUCCUCAUCUCAAAAAUCGAUAGAUUGGAUGCUCGUUACUUCAGCCAACCUCUCUAAGCAAGCAUGGGGCGAACCACUCAAUUCAGCGGGCGAAGUUCGAAUCUGUAGUUAUGAGAUCGGAGUGCUGGUUUGGCCUGACUUAUGGGAGGAAGAGCAGAGCGGAAAGAAGGUGAAGAUGGUACCGUGUUUUGGGAGCGAUACACCUUCUACUUCUUCUUCUGUCUCUUCUUUGGGAAUAGCCAAUCAAGAGAACUUAGAGGUAGAGGAAGAAUAUCUAAAUAGGAGAAGAGAUGUUGACCGAAGGGAGGAGGAUCAGGAAGAAAGCAACACGAUAAUAGUAGGCGCAAGAAUGCCCUACGAUCUCCCUCUAAUUCCAUAUGGCAAAGACGAUAUCCCAUGGUGUGCGAGUACAUCAUACAGCGAACCGGAUUGGAUGGGGAAUACGUGGAAAACAUGA